UGCUUGUCAUUCACUGACGACACGACGCACUUGCCAACCUGCAAGGAGCUUUCGUGGGCCAAAACGCAACUUUGCAUUCGAAGGAAGGGAAUAUUUGGUGGCUGUCGAACCGAAUGCUCUUAACUUUCCCCGUUGCCAUCGGCCUUGAUUGCCGUCGUCUUGCCAGACCCUCAUGUGAUAGCCCCUCUAUCGUUCCCUCUUUCAUAUUCGGAGUGCAAUGGACUCGAGUGGUGCUGAACCUGGCCACCGCAAUGCUCCAUCUUCUCGCGGCGGAAUCGUGCUCGUAUCGUUGUAUUCCUGGACAUGCGUUACGAUCGGUGUAGCAGCCGCACGAUUCAUCAUUGGACGCCUUCAUAGGGUGAAAUUUGGCUUUGAUGAUGCGACGGUUGUCGCUGGGAGUACCAUCUACAUUGGAGCCACCGUGUGUUGGCACCUGGCAGUCAAUAAUGGGCUUGGGAAACACUCCUACGAGACAGAAUCUAUAACAGAUUACUUCAAGUUCUCCUACACUGCCCAAUUACUCCAAAUUGCCGUUAUGGGCCUCGCCAAGCUCUCAUCAGGAUUCUUAGUUGGACGAGUGGUACCUCAGACUCGCCAGAAGAAUAUUGUGCUCUUUGGAACUGUGGGCUUCUGGGCGCUUUUCUCUCUACCCGCGUUUGCCUUCCAGUGUUCAUUCCCAGCUCCUUGGGUGUACGAUAAUUCCAGGUGUUCACACGGAGGACUGCUGUAUACCGUAAUCGCCCUAAAUAUUAUUUCCGACCUCGUCCUCAGUGCGUGGAUCUUUCCGGUUCUUCAUGGCCUUCAGAUGAAUACGGUAAGACGGGGAACAUUGGCCGUGUUAUUUGGUUCCCGAGCACUAGUGCCGGUAGCAUCUAUUGCGCAAAUAUGGGCCGCUGCGAAAGCCAUGAAGAGUCAAGAUCCUACAUGGGACGGGUUCGAGUUGGCGAUUAUGUAUCAGAUAGUGACAAGCCUCUCACUCAUUGUCGCCAGCCUCCCGCGCAUCAAGCGCUUCCUGAGCAGCGCUGGCACUGGAAUUUCCAACGCCCGGGUUCACGACGGCGAGCUCGCCACGUCUAUCCCGCUAAAAUUUCGAGGAGGGUCACAAAGCGGUGGAGAAACUCUGAAGCUCACUCCUUCGAAUUCGGGAAAGUUCACAGCGACGGUGGUGUCCGGGAAGAGCAAUAAGAAGGAGAAAGGAAGAGCACACCAGGAGUGGCAUAAGUUUGUAUCGAUGGGAAGUACACAAGACGAGCACACGAGUACAUCAAGUCUCUUCGAGAAUCCAAGAGGGGUGAUGCUCCAGCAAGAAGUGACCGUUCAGGUGGAAAACAGCGAUAGGGGCGAAGUUUGA